GAGUUUUCACCAGCUGUUUCCCGCCUUGAAACAGACAUCUGAUCAGCUGCAAACACACAUACACACACACUCACACACACGCACGGGGAGGCAGGCCGGAGAGACCUCCCCCUCCCUCCCUCUCCCUCACCCCCCCCUUGCCGCCAGCAUCUGGGACCGGGAGAGCCAGCACCUCCGACGCUGCCCUUUGAUUCGGAUUUCCAUUUUGCAUUCUCCUGCGGAUCGGGACCACGGACUUGGCUUUUGCAGAGGAGGGGGGGGCCGAUCGCUAUGGAGUAUUUCAUGGUGCCCGCUCAGAAGGUGCCCUCUUUGCAACAUUUCAGGAAAACAGAGAAAGAAGUGAUAGGAGGGCUCUGUAGCCUGGCCAACAUUCCAUUGACCCCAGAGACCCAGAGGGACCAGGAGCGUCGGAUACGUCGGGAGAUUGCCAACAGCAAUGAGAGAAGGCGGAUGCAGAGCAUUAAUGCCGGGUUCCAGUCCCUGAAAACCCUCAUCCCCCACACAGAUGGAGAGAAACUCAGUAAGGCAGCCAUUCUCCAACAGACAGCAGAAUACAUCUUUUCUCUGGAGCAGGAAAAAACGAGGCUCUUACAACAAAACACACAACUGAAACGCUUCAUCCAGGAACUGAGCGGCUCAUCUCCCAAGCGGCGGAGGGCGGAGGACAAGGACGAGGGCAUCGGCUCUCCGGACAUCUGGGAGGACGAGAAGGCCGAAGACCUGAGGCGAGAGAUGAUCGAGCUGAGGCAGCAGCUGGACAAGGAGCGUUCAGUCCGGAUGAUGCUGGAGGAGCAGGUGCGUUCUCUGGAGGCUCACAUGUACCCAGAGAAGCUGAAGGUCAUCGCCCAGCAAGUUCAGCUACAGCAACAACAGGAACAGGUGAGACUGCUGCACCAGGAGAAGCUGGAGCGCGAGCAACAGCAGCAACUCCGCACGCAGCUCCUGCCACCCCACGGGCCUCCACCGGCUCCCACCCACCACCCCACAGUGAUUGUGCCUGCUCCUCAACCCCCACCCUCCCACCAUGUCAACGUAGUCACCAUGGGCCCUUCAUCAGUCAUCAACUCAGUCUCCACAUCCCGGCAAAACCUAGACACCAUCGUGCAGGCAAUCCAGCACAUCGAGGGCACACAAGAGCAGGAGGAACAGGAACAAGAAGAACAGCGACGGGCGGUGAUCGUGAAACCGCCAGUCCGGGCCUGUCCUGGAGCCCCUGCCUCUGACACAGCUUCAGAUUCAGAGGCCUCAGACAGUGAUGCUAUGGACCAGAGCAAGGAGGACCCAGCGGGGGAUGGGGAUCUCCCCUGACCCCCCCUACAGCCCUCCUCUCCUCCCCACCCUCAGGGGGGCGAGGGGGCAGGGGCCAAUAGUGGGGAGAAACGCUCGAGUUGUCAGAGCGGAGAGAUUUUUACAAAAUUACAAUGUCAUUUGGGUCUCUUUUAUGACCUCUUUUCAAUACUGUAAUUCUUAACAAAGCCAACACACCCAACUUUGGAAAAGGCUGGGGAAGGAUGGAGGGCAGAGCUGGGAUACAGGUGGUACCAGGGGGCCAGGGCAGGGCUAGAAGAGGCUGGGGAGGAAGUCAGGGACCUCCCUGGCCCCUCUCCACUAAACCAUUUUGCAUUUCAUUUAAAAAGGGGAAGAAAGAUACCAAGAUAUAUCUCCUCUUAGAAGCCAGCCCUGGAACAGCGACCACCCCAUCCCGGUCUUCCCCUUGUUCCCCUCCCUUCUCUCCCCCCUCCUCCUCCUCUUGUUUUUUCCUCUUCCCCCUUUAAGCACUUACAUGGAUUUGGGGGCUGUGGGUCUGGCUGGGCUGGGGCUGUUUGGGGGCCUGGGUGGGGGUGGGUUGUGUAUGUUGCUUCUUGGUUUGGGGUUCUCUCAUGCCCCCUCCUCCCUUUCCACCUGGCUCAGCACUAGAAUUAGCUGUUAUCCUAACCCCCCUCAACCUUCCCCCUAGGUUUACCCCCUCCUCCAGCCACAGCUGUCUGUCCUUUUCUUCCUUCCUUUCUCUCUCUCUCUGCCUCUUCUUUCCUUCCUUCCUUUCUUGGUUUUGUCUGUUGUUUUUUACCAUUUUGAGGUCUUUGUGUUCUGGGAGAAGCUAUUAUAUUUUGUUAAGAAAUGGGGAAAAAAGCAAGGCCGCCGUGCCUUCAUAAAGAAACAAAAUAAAGUUUGUACUUUGUUUUUUAGA